UUGAAGCUGAUAUAGCUGCAAAGGGUGGGCCAACAACAUAUUAAAGCCUAUGUACUAAGAAUGGGAUGUCAUUAGAGUUCAUGUGCGUGUAAAGGCAGAUGUGCCAAUAUGGUGUAACAGGAGCGAGAGUUUAGUACACCAGAAGUAAGUCAGACUUGUUCCUGGUGGGUGUUGGAUGCCGUCAGGGCUGCCCUUUGUUCACCGAUUCUAUUCAUAACUUUAUGGACAGAAUUUCUAGGUGCAGCUGAGGGGCAGAGGGCAUGCAGUUUGUUCAUCUCAGGAUUGCUUCAUUGCUCUUUGCAGAUGAUGGGCAUGUUGGAAUGGUGAACGUUGGAACCUGAGAAAAUUUUGGUCAAGUCGCUGCAUAGUGAUAUCAAAGAGAAGGGUAGCCUCAGACACGUGAUCUUGUCAGCAUGAUAACUGACAAGAUCCCCAUCUUUUUAGGCUUUGCAGACACGUUUUAUGAGUCAAUAUUUGAACCUCUUAAAAUUUUGAGACAAAUUGCAGCAAAACUGAAGCAACAGGUAUCUUAGAUAUGAUACUUGUGAACAGCAUAACUCUUUGAUAUUAUUACACUAUUUACUGUUUGAUCUUUGGUGAAUCUUAUUACCACUUCACAAAAAUAUAUGCAUGAAAAUGACACCUAAGAAACUGUAACUACAGGCAGAGCUGUGGGCAAAAAUGGAGGCUUGAGGCCACCAUCUUAUGAACACAUAAAUCUGCCGUCAACAUAUUCUGUCGAUCUUUCUGCAAACUUCCCAGGAACAUUGUGCAGGUCAGUGAUUCUCAAACUUAGGGGUGUAAGAUGAAUAAUUUAUUAUGCAGAAAAAUUACAAUGGGGGAAUUUAAUUAUGCAUAUGUAUAUUUAUUAGGGGUGGGAAUCUCUAGCACCUCAUUAUUCGAUUCGAUUAUGAUUCAUAGGGCUACAAUGGGAUGAUAAAAUGCUUAUCUUGCAUCUUGAUUAAUCUUUUUUUUCUAUCCAGGAUUUCUUUUUUCCUCACUGUGUGACUACUUGGAACUUUCAAAGCAAAGUAUUUAUAAUGAUCCAUAAUGAAUUUACUUGUAAUGUCUUUUAUUGAUAAAACAAAGGGAAGAGGUGUGGCAAGUCAACUGGAUGGUUGACUUCCAUUUUGCCAGCAUAUAUUCAAUUUAAUUAAUUUUUAUAAAGUGCCUUUCACAAGUCAUCCCAAGGCACUUUACAUGGAUGUGUUGUGAUACAUUAAGCAUCGUUAGAGAGUGUAAUACAAAAUGGGGAAAAGGAAGGAAAUAAAUUAAAUGAAGAAAGUCAGAUGACAACGGAGGAGAGGAACCAAAAAAUCACAAAUAAGGAGAAAAAAAACCUAUGGGAGCCCAAGGUCAAUUUGGCUGCACAUCCCCCCUGGGCUUACUAACAUUACUGAAAACAGAAAUGAGUGGACAUGCUUGCUAAAAGCUAGGUAUAAGCUGUGAUAAAGGAUCAAGACAAAGUCUAUCAAUGAGUCCGUUAUCCACGUUGGCCUGUGUAGAGUGGCUAUAUAUCCCAGCAUUGCAAAAAUCCAGCAGGAAAAGUGUGCCUGUAGCACCAUAUACAGCGCCAAUAAUUGUGGAGGGUGCUGUACUUGUAGUAAAGGAAUACUUUCAUGCAAAAAUAAUGCUUGUGGACUUCAGUAUAUUCUUAAUCACUAUAAAAAAUAAGACUUCUAACCAACAUCCUCCUGUUAUGUGCAAUGAGCAAUAUAAUCCUUCAGACCAAAAAAACUCAAAACAUUCUAUUGUACCAAAAUCACUAACAGCUUUCAUACAAAAAUAUAGAGUUCUGAACCAGCAGCUCUUCUACAAAAAUAAUGCUUGUGGACUUCAGUAUAGGGGACUUCAGCAACUCAUCGGUGAUAAAAUGUGCAGUUACGGUGACAUAAGAUUCUGUGCCAAUCGAUGUCCAGGCAUCAUAUGUUGCGGCUAUCCUACCCACUUUCUUCAGUGAUUCCAUGACUUCGGUUUUGGUCUCAUUGUAGAGUGUCAGUAAAAUAUCUUCGAGAUGGGACGUUGUAUCUUGGCUCCAAAGUGCUGGUUCUCAAAGCGUGAAAGUCGUGGUCGUCAAUGACUGAAUACAGACACAAAUGCUUGGCAGUAAAAGUUGCGACAGUUUGGAAUUCGUUUCGCCCUUUCCAAUUUGGGUGGAGGCUUUGCCAUCACUUGCACGAUGGUCCUCUAGUUGGCAGCAAAUACAACCGGGUGUUUUUCUUCCUCCUCCAGAUGGAAAUGUGUAGUUUGACACAACUUGCAUGCAGUUUGGCUCUUUUCUAGGUUCCUUUUUCCUUCAACUUCAUAGAAGCCAAAGUGCUUUCAUACUCUAAUGCAGAGGGUGCCGGGCAGAUUUCCAUGCGAUUUACCAUGUUUAGUCCUUCAGACUUUACACUGUAGGCAAGACAAACUCAUUUGUUCUGCAAUAUUCCUUGUUGGUUUUUGGACAGUGGAGCAGAGAGUUAAAAAUUCUUGGAUUUGUUAUUACUGUUCUUGUUCAUUGUAGCUAAUCCUUUGUAUUUGCUGUAGGUUCUUUUUUUACAUAUUAUGUGAUCACCCUAUACUGAAAAUUAAAAUGCUGCAUCCUUUUUUGAACCAAAUGGGAUGUGGUCUCAUAUAUUUGGAAUGUGCAAUUUAAUAAAGCUUUUUGCUAAUUUAACAACUUUUUAACAACUUGUUUGUAUGCUAGUGUUUAGUUUUCACAAGUUUGGGAUCUGGUUCAUUUUACCACUUUUAUGUAUACCCCACUGUGCCUGUGGAGGAGUUGCUUAGUUAUACCUACAAAGCCCUGGAGGGGCCACAGACAGUUUUGUGUGUUUAUUUGUUUGUAUUGGUUUUAUUUAUUUGAUUUCAUUCUGGGCCAUAUCAACCAUGACUGCAUAUGUUACAGUUAUGGAAAAUGUAGGUUAUGUCACAAAUGAGAAAUAAAAAGAAUCUAAAUAUUUAGAUAUAUAAAGUAUAUAAAUAAUAUAAAUUAAAUGUAAAAAUAUGGACACCAAGAUGGCAUAUAAGUGGAAUUGUUCAAUAAAUGAAUAGAUGUAGUUUCAGAGUUAUGUGUGAAGACUAAGAGUCACAGCAUUCAUGUAGAAACAUUUCCAGUCGAUUAAUUUAGUAAUUCUAGAAUUUAUAGAAGUUGGGGGGUGGUAGUAGUAAAGCUUAGACUGGGGAAGUAGAGAAUACAUUUCUGUUGUUUUGACAGCAUCCUUUCUAGUUUCUGCUUCUCAUAUAAUGGUUGCAGUUGACAUUUCUUAAUUUGUUUUUUCCAUGCCUUUUCCCACCAGGAUCUUUGGAAAAUCAGCUGUCUCGUCAUGAUGACUUGCUCAGUGUACAUGAGAUUCGCCUGGCUGACAUGGAUUUACGGUUCCAGGUGCUGGAAACAGCCAGCUACAAUGGUACACUUAUAUGGAAAAUCAGGGACUAUAAGCGGCGGAAGCAGGAAGCUGUAGCAUCCAAGACACUCUCCCUCUACAGCCAGCCAUUUUAUACUGGCUACUUUGGUUACAAAAUGUGCGCUAGGGUAUAUCUCAAUGGUGAUGGCAUGGGCAAGGGCACACACUUAUCGCUUUUCUUUGUGGUGAUGCGUGGAGAAUAUGAUGCCCUGCUUCCUUGGCCGUUCAAACAGAAAGUGACACUUAUGUUAAUGGACCAAGGACCAGCUCGAAAACACCUUGGUGAUGCCUUUAAGCCAGACCCAAACAGCAGCAGUUUCCGGCGACCAGUAGCUGAGAUGAAUAUUGCAUCAGGAUGCCCUCUCUUUGUUGCCCAGACCGUUCUUGAGAAUGGCACAUACAUCAAGGAGGACACCAUUUUCAUUAAGGUCACAGUAGACACCUCAGACCUUCCUGACCCAUGAUGUUACUCCAUCAAAUGGGUGCAGUUAGUAUAACGCUGUCAGAGUGAAGACUGCAUAUGAAAAUGAAGUGUGAACAUGGACUCUAAAAUGGCUAGGGUAGGAGCAAGCCUGUUGGUAGCUUCUGAAGUGUCAGUACUUUGUAUUUGGAUGAAUUGCAUCCAUUACAAAUGGAAGAGCAGUUCAUUAAAAGGGAUUGACAUAACUGGUACACAAGUACGCAUUCACCUUUUAAAGUGAUACGUGCGGCAAUCGAUUGUUAUAACAGCGUAUUUUAUGUGCAUUUGCGCCGAUAUGGCAAGAAAUUAUAAUGCAUUUUAACCUUUAUAUGCUAAUUUGUAUUUCAUUUACAGUAUUGAGGUUAAAAUACACAGUAAUUUCUCGUCAUAUAUGUGCAAAUGCACAUAAAAUACAUGCUGUUCCAUUAAUCGAGUGCCGCACUUAUCACUUUUAAAGGUCAAUGCGUACUUGUGUACCAGUUAUGCUAACCCCUGUUUAUUAACAUCAUUGGAUGUUUGGAAGGUGAAUGUGAGCUGAUCUGUAACAAAGAAUUGAAUGUUUCGGGUUUAUUUCUGAGAACGACUCUUUAUGCAGAUUGUUGGGUGCUUGUAAAUGGAACAUGACCCUGCCCUGAAAUUUUGCUAGAUAUGAAAAUCACAAACACAAUUCCAUAUGUGAAUAUCAGAUGUGGAGUAUCUUCAUACCUCAAAGGAUAAAUGGGAGAUUGAUUUUAUUUGCAAAUUACGCAGUUUAAAAUGUUAAUAAACACAUUGGUGUACGUAUUAGUUUAAAUAGUGUAAUUUGCAUAUAUUUUAUUUUAUAGCAGAUUCAACAUUUUUCAUCCAGUUAAUGGUAGUGUAAUUUUGUGACCAAUAAACUGCUAUAUUCUGUUUUCUACUUGAUGGUAAUGAAAUAUUGCAUAACAUUAAAAAACAAUAGAUGCUGUGCAUCUAUUUUAUUACACAAUUUACUCCAGAGGAUGUUUUCAGCACUUUUCAAAUGUAUUACACAAAAUAAAAAUUCAGCAACAUUUUUAUUUAAAUGA